GUGGGACUUAUUCUUGCGUCGCUGCUUGCUACCGGGGUAACGGAGUUUUGAGGUUGUACGGAAUGUUGCCGGUGUAGCAGGAACUCCCGCCAUUUUUCAAUCAGCUAUAAACCCUGUUGUUUGUUUAUGUAAUCAGCACGUCCCUCAAAACGGUAUCUACGCGGUCUAUAGUCGCUGCGGUAAAGGGAUUGGUACGUCGCUUUGGCCUGGAGAAUCGACAGCAACACGGACCUGAGCGGCAUAAGAAAGCCCGCCAUACCAGCUCUGACGGGCCGCCUUUCGCGCUUCCAUCCCCGGCACACAGAAGGAGCUUCCGUUCUCUUCUUACGCUCUUUUCAGCCAUCUCACCAUGACCCCACCGGCUCCCCCAAAACAAUGGAUUUCCUACAGGAGAUGUAACUGACCAGUAAAGCCGUUGUUUGGUUUGGUUUUGUUUUCACGCGCUUCAUAAAAAGUGAGCAAAGCAGCGCGCGCUAGCCUAACCUCCAUGCUACGCCGCUGAGACGCGCGGAUUUCACUCCAUAUUCAGUUUAAGCUGAGAUUGAGCGGUGGGUUAGUUCAGUAGUUCACUUUGCCGACACAUCCAGGACCACCACAGCCCGCACGCGAUGGCACCGUUGCUAGGCCGGAAGCCGUACCCGUUGGUUAAGCCGCUGUCGGAGCCGCCGGGCCCAGGAGAGGAGGUGUUCAUCAUCGAGCACACUAAAGAGGCCUUCAGGAACAAAGAAGAGUAUGAAGCCCGACUGCGCAGGUAUGGAGAGCGGAUAUGGACGUGCAAAAGCACUGGCAGCAGCCAGCUCACACAUAAGGAGGCUUGGGAAGAGGAGCAGGAGGUCACGGAGCUGCUUCAGGAGGAGUAUCCAGUGUGGUUUGAGAAGCCCGUUUUGGAGAUUGUGCACCAUAACACAGUAUCUCUCGAUAAGCUAGUGGAUCUGGUCUGGGUGGAGAUUCUCACCAAGUAUGCUGUGGGCGAGGAGUGCGACUUCUUGGUUGGCAAGGAUAAGACUUUGCGUGUCAAAGUGGUAAAGAUUCAUCCGCUUGAGAAUCCUCCGGAAGAAAAUGUGGAGAAAAAGAUGGAAGGAGCUUGUGAUUCUCCAUCCAGUGAUAAAGAGAAUGCCAGUCAGGAGAACCUGAAGAAGGAGCCACAGUCCAAAGAGGAGGAGAGCAGGAGAGAGAGUCUCUCUGAUAGGGCCCGUCGCUCACCCAGAAAACUCCCAACCAGUAUGAAAGAAGAAAAGAAGAAAUGGGUCAUGCCCAAAUUUCUGCCCCACAAGUACGACGUCAAACUUCUCGAUGAGGACAAAGUAAUCAGCGACGUCCCCGUAGACAGCCUGUUCAGAACUGAGCGGCCUCCCAACAAAGAAAUCAUGCGCUACUUCAUCAGACACUAUGCUCUGAGGUUGGGAUCAGGAGAGAGCGCCCCCUGGGUGGUGGAGGACGAGUUGGUGAAAAAAUUCAACCUGCCGAGCAAAUUCAGUGACUUUUUACUCGACCCUCACAAGUUUCUAGCAGAAAAUCCAUCUACUAAGAGGAAAAGCUUGAGUUCACCGGAAGGGAAACCCAAUAAGAAGCUGAAGACUGGAGAGACGGGAACAGACAGUGAGGGAGUAAAUGUAAAAGGGGAAAAGAAGAAAAAGAAAAAAGACUCCCAGAACAUACCUCUCAGUCCAACCCUCUGGUGUCAUGUGCAGUUGAAGAAAGUUAAUGGAUCACCUUUAAAAAUGAAAAACUCAGGUACAUCCAAGAAGUCUGAUGGGGAAAACAUCCUCAGCACCCCAAAAUCGAACAAAAAACAGGGAGACAAAAAAUCCACUGAUCCCAGAAAGAGCCGCAAGAGUGGAGUCACCAAAACUCCCAAUGGCCAGAAGCUCUCCAAAAAGGAUGAGAAAAGCACUGGAAGCGCCAAGAAACCCAGAAUGAAGCAGAUGACCCUUUUGGAUCUUGCUAAAAGCCCACCUGCUCCAGUUAGCCCAAAAAAGCGAGGGCGAAGUUCAAGUACUGGCUCCGCUAAGCUGGGAAAACCGUUUCCGCCCAUGGCCUUGCAUCUCCUUCGGUUUUACAAGGAGAAUAAAGGCAAAGAAGACAAGAAGACCGCUCUGUCCACAUUGGUGUCUAAGGCAGCAAAAACGCUGUCCGCAGAGGAUCGCGGACGACUUCCUGAGGAGCUGAAAGAGCUGGUGCAGAAGCGCUGGGAAAUUCUUGAGCAAAAACGCCGAUGGGCCCUCAUGACUGAGGAGGAGAAACAGGAUGUUCUGCGUCAGAAGCGCCAGGAAGUCAAGCAGAAGCUGCGUGAGAAAGCCAAAGAGCGUCGAGAGAAGGAGAUGCAGAUGAGGCGAGAGAUGUCGCGCCGUUAUGAAGACCAGGAGCUUGAAGGCAAGAGCUUGCCAACGUUUCGUUUGUUCGACAUGCCCGAGGGGCUUCCCAACGCCCUCUUUGGUGACAUAGCUAUGGUAGUGGAGUUCCUUCACUGUUACUCCGGCCUCCUGAUGCCUGAUGACCAGUAUCCCAUCACCUCCGUCGCUCUGAUGGAGGCUUUAGCUGGAGACAAGGCAGGUUUCCUCUACUUAAACCGUGUAUUGGUAGUUCUGCUGCAAACACUUCUGCAAGAUGAGCUAGCGGAAGGUUACAGUGAACUGGACAUGCCGUUAUCUGAGAUUCCUCUCACCAUGCACUCCGUAUCCGAGUUGGUGCGCCUGUGUUUGCGGCCAUCGGAUGCACAUGAGGAAGAGAGUGCCCGUGGCUCGGAUGGCUGGCAGCCUGGUGGGGGUUACGAUGAAGUGGUGAGCAGCGAGUUCUUGGAAAAGCUUGAGACAUCAGAGGUGUUUGAACUGACCCCUCAGGAGAAGGUCAGCCUGCUUGUGGCACUGUCUCAUCGUAUCCUCAUGACCUAUUCGGUGGAGGAUCACGUGGAGGCCAUGCAGCAGCGAUCAGCCGAGCUGUGGAAGGAGCGGCUUGCCACGCUCAAAGAAGUCAAUGAACGUAAGAGGGCAGAGAAGCAAAAACGGAAAGAGCAGAUGGAGGCAAAAACCGAUGGCAAUGGAGAUCUAAUGAGGGCAGAUAGGAGGAAGGAUUCAAACGUGAAAAAAGAGACACCCAAGGUCCCCCCAAAAGUGGAGCCAGAGCCGGAGGACAUGAUUAGCACAGUGAAAAGCAGACGCUUGAUGUCCAUUCAGGCCAAGAAGGAAAAGGAAGAACAGGAACGGCAAAACAAAGAGCGUAUGGAGAAGGAAGCAGAGGAGGAGCGAAUAAGGAGGCAGAAAGCCGCAGCAGAGAAAGCCUUUCAGGAUGCUGUCACUAAAGCAAAGCUGGUGAUGAGGAAAACACCGCUGGGUACUGACCGCAAUCACAACCGGUAUUGGCUGUUCUCUGAUGUGGUUCCUGGGCUGUAUAUUGAAAAGGGAUGGGUUCAUGAGAGUAUAGACUACACGUUCACUCUUCCUCCUGAAGAGGAGCCGGUGUCAACAGAGGAAGAUGAAGAGGUGAAGAAAGAGGAGGAGACAGAAGAUGGAGAAAAAGAGGAUGAGGGCAGCAUAGUCAGCACUUCUAAUGAAAAUGGCCAGCAGGGGGCGCCAGUGCCAGAGACUUGUAUUGAGACCACUGUGCCUAAACAAGGCCAAAACCUCUGGUUUGUGUGUGAUACACCAAAAGACCUUGAUGAACUAAUAGAGAGUCUUCACUCUCAGGGAGUAAGAGAGAGCGAACUCAAACUCAGACUGCAGGUCAAUUACCAGGAAAUCUUGCAUUCCAUCCAUCUGACGAAAAAAGGUAACCCAGGCCUGAAGACCUGUGAUGGAUACCAGGAACUGCUUAAAUUCUUGCGCACUGACAUUAUCGAGGUAGCCUCUCGUCUGCAGAAAGGAGGCCUGGGAUACAUGGAGGACACGUCUGAAUUUGAGGAGAGGGUGCAGAACUUGGAGAAAAUGCAGGAUUUUGGAGAGUGUGUGAUCACCCUGCAAGAGAGCGUGAUCAAGAAGUUCCUGCAGGGCUUCAUGGCGCCCAAACAGAAGAAGAAAAAGAAGACUGGGGGAGAGGAGAGUACGACAGCAGAGGAGGUGGAUGAUCAGAAGAGAUUGGCUGAAGAGGCCAGGGUAGCCACGGCGGUGGAGAAGUGGAAAACUGCUGUCCGUGAAGCUCAGACUUUUUCUCGUAUGCAUGUGCUGCUCGGCAUGCUGGACGCCUGCAUCAAGUGGGACAUGUCUGCGGAGAACGCUCGCUGUAAAGUGUGCCGCAGGAAAGGAGAGGAUGAUAAGUUGAUUCUGUGUGAUGAGUGUAAUAAAGCCUUCCACCUGUUCUGUCUGCGGCCGGCAUUAUACCGUAUACCGGCGGGUGAAUGGCUCUGCCCAGCCUGUCAGCCAACCACUGCCCGACGCAGCUCCAGGGGCAGAAACUAUAAUGAGGACACUGAGGAAGAGGAGGAUUCAGAGGAGGAAGAUGAAGAAGACUCUGAAGAGGACGAAUCGGAAGAAGAACACAGGGACACGGGCCACAGCUUGAGACCUAGAAAAAAGGUAAAGACGUCUUUAAAGCCCAAAGUGCAGAGUAAACAACCACAGAAGAAGCAUUCGCCUCCUAGUGCCAGAUCUGCUUCCAAGCCAGAUCCCAAACCUGCUCUCAGAUCUUCUGCUAAACCAGAUCCCAAAUCUGCUCUCAGAUCUACUUCCAAACCAGAUCCUAAACCUUCUCCCAAACCUUCUUCCAAACAAUCACCUAAAUCACGACCCGCACCGAUCAACCCCGCUGACAUCGAUGAGCUGGUCCGACAGAGCUCUAAGCCAAUAUCGAAAAAACAAGCUGUUGAGUUGGAGAAAUGUGAGGAGAUCCUUCAGAAGCUCAUGAAAUACCGCUACAGCUGGCCCUUCAGGGAACCUGUAUCCGCUGAAGAGGCCGAGGAUUAUCAGGAUAUCAUCAGCAACCCGAUGGACUUCGCCACCAUGCAGGACAAGUUCAAAUCCUCCCAGUACCACAGCGCCAGCGAUUUCCUCGAGGACAUGAAGCUCAUCUUCUCAAAUGCAGAGGAAUAUAAUCAGCCCGACAGCAACGUUCUGACCUGCAUGGCACGCACAGAGCAGGCGUUCGUCGAGCUCCUGCAGAAGAGCCUCCCUGGGGUCGGCUAUCUGCGCCGCCGAACGCGCAAACGCCCGGCCACUCCUUCCGAAGAGGAUGACGACGAAGAAGAGGUCAAGGCAAGGAAGAAGAUACAGAAUGGGAAGCAAAGAGCCACAUCCAGACAGAGCGACAGACAACGGAACCAAGCUGACAGCGAAAGCGAGGAGGAGGAUGAUGAAGAUGAUGAUGAUGAUGAUGAUGAUGACGAAGAAGAGGAAACUGUGAGAAGAAAGAGCAAGCGGACGAGUCGGAAAGAUUAUCGAGAGCAGGAAAGCGACAAUGAGAGGGACAGCAGGAGAACUGGAUUGAGACGGACACCACGAGGUGUGACGGACGACAAGGACGAGGCCAGCAGUGACGAGGACUCGGGCGGCCAGCGGCAUUCCAAGAGGCUCAAACGCUCAUGAAGACCUGGGUGCUUUGUGAUCUUUGUAUUUGUUUUCGUACCACCUCCUUAUUAAUCAGAAACCGGAAACGGGCCACCCCAUACCCGCUGCAUAUCGGACAGAACCCUUUUUCACCCCGAUGUAGAUGUUUGUUUAUUUUACUUUUUGGAAGUUUUUAUGUUAAUAUUGGAGAAAACUGAUUUAUAUUUGUAAGUUGAUUAAUAAUGGUGACACUUGGUUUUUCAAACUAAAGAUUUGCAUUGAAAAUGAGAUGUCAUCUCUUUGAGCUCUUAAGACUUUUUUUCAUUUGAUAUAUGACCUAAAAAAGCGAAAGUUAAAAAAAAAAAAAAAAAGAUCCCAACCCAUAUCCCCAAAAAAUUGUAAUUGGGUGGCAAAUACCACCCAAGCCAUGUCUCGUUUUGAUGACUUGGGAGGUUCCUCUGCAGAAGUUGACCUGUAAAUGUUAUAAAUGUCCAGAAUGAAACCCUUCAUGCGUAGACCUUCAUGCAGACUUACAAAUGAAUUAACUGGUGACCGUCCAGAACUAGGCUCUUUCAAUGAAACUGACCUUAUUUGUUUUCUUUCUCAUGAGAGCCGUUUAAUUGGCACUAAACCCCCAUGGUGGUAUGACGUUGAUCUAAAAGUCUUUAUUUUUUUGAAUGUGCCACCAAUUGUUACUUUUCUUUAGUCAUUUAUUAUUUUGGCUGUUUUACAAUAAAAACUGUCAUCUUUAAGUUUGGUUAAACUACUUCUGUUUUUGAAAAGCAAGAGAUCACUGAUUCUGUUUAUUAGUCUGUUGGCAUCUAGUGAUUCCUGCAAAGCCUCAUGCUGCUCUUAUUCCCUGGAAACCAGUAGGUGGCACUCUACUACAGUGGUCUUCUAAAGAAAAGGUCCCCUUGGUUUAAACUGACGUUUGAAUGUUAUAUUCCCCCUAAAAAUCUUUGCGGCAAUGAACCUGAAAUCAAGAUAGUAAAAUCAGAUGCGAGUCUUGUUUCUGGAGAUGCUCAAGUGAAAUUCUAGUAUCUAAUGGGCACAGAUUAGUUCAGUGUGUGAGUAUAAAAUCUAUUCAUCAGAAGUACCAUAAUUGUUUUUCCUUUUUAUAUUACUAUGUAAAUAAUAAGCUUUGACUUUAUUUUGGUUUUUGAUCAUAGCCACGGAAGUUAAAAUAGGUAUGUUUGUUCACAGCAGACGUGCUGCUCAGGGCUCUAUUCCGGAAUUAAAAAAAAAAACCCUAAUUUUUAAUGGAGAUUUCUGCUUUAAUUCCCCCCCCCAUCUGGCUCAAUUUAAUCUUCAGAAGCAAGGUCACAUAACUUGUCUUGGUUUCUUUAUGUUCUUUGGGUUUGACAUCACUAUUUCUUUGUAUACUGUUUUUUUUUUUGUUUUGUUUUUUGUUUUUUUUU